CUGUGGGCUAAGUUAAGUUUGUCCGCCCAGGCUUCCCUUCCCUUCCCUUCACUUCCCUUCACUUCCCAUCCCAUCACAACUCGACGAGGCUUUGUUUCACUGAUGAGCAACAGCCGUUUAUUUCGCGUAAAAGCCACAACAAAGGUCCAGGCGGUUGAAACAGCCAGACCCGUGCGUGACACUUGGGAAAAAGGAGAGAGAAAGUAGGUCCGGAGGAGGACGGAGCUGACACUGGGCUCGGUUGUCAUGUUUUGUUGCUACUUGUUGAAUAGGCUGCGUGGACGGACACGACACUGAGCCUGAGUGGGCAGCGUGCUGUGAACAGGGUCUGUGUCACCAUGAGACAGUGACAGCACACACAGCCAUGGCAGAGCUGGAGAUCGACCAGUCCAACCUUCCACGCGUCCAGGAAGUGUGUCAGUGUUUUGCUGUGCUGGAGGACGGGGUGUUAGCACACAGCCUGCAGGAGCAGGAGAUUGAACAGUACUAUACCACCAACAUCCAGAAGAACCAACUGGUGCAGAAUGACAUCCGUGUAGCAAAGAGGCUUCAGGAUGAGGAGGAGGAGCAACGGGCUCAGCAGAGUGCCCUUCUCAGACAGGCCUCCAGACAACUAGAGGAGCAAGACUUUGAGUAUGCUCGUGUAAUCCAGGAGGAGAUCCAGAGGUGCACUGAGGAGGCUCUAAGGAGGGAGCAAGAUGAUGAGGAAAUGGCCAAACGAAUGCAGGAAGAGGAGGACAGAACCAGGAGGAGCAGAGAACAGGAAAACUAUUGUGAAGGCAGCAGCAGUGAUUCUGCGUUGACAUCCCCACACACAUAUGACCGACAGGAGCAGUACUCGCCAUCUACCACCAGGUGGCAAUGUUCAACCUCUGACUAUUCAGACUUAAGCGGGCCUCUGGCAGAGUCCCCCAGGGGGAUAGCAGCUCAAAAAAAUUCAACGCCAUGGUCAAAUGAAGGACACACAGAUUCAUUUAGAGAAACCAGGAAUGAAUUCAGAGAGCUUUUGAGUGAUGAUUCAGAGGACUUGGAUGCAGUUUUCUCUGAACUGCUCUCUGUGAGGUCACAAAGACGGAAUAAAAGACUAAGCACUGUGCCUCCUCAGCGGCGGGCAUCCUUACCUCGGCCACAAGAGAGAUACUACAGAAGUCUGAGCUCUCACAGAAGCUUCACAAAGGACUUCCAAAGCUGGGAAGAGGAGACCGAAGAGUGGGAUGAGGACUGUUAUGAAAAUGGUGAAGUAGAGAACAGGAAGGCUAGGAAUCGGGAUAAGGAAAGGAGCUAUAGAGGGGCCUCUGAAGGUUGGCAUAGAAAUACAGCUCAUGGUGGAGACUCUAGGUUAGCAGAGGUAAGAGAAGGGCGAUGUAGUCGCACUCAAUCUGUCAGACUAUAUGACAGGAGCAGACAUGGCCACAGAGAUUCAACACAGACCUGGACCUACAAGGACAACCCAGACAAACAUGUUCGCUUUCGGGAUGAUAGUCAGAGGUUUGAUAGGUAUCAGGAAGAAAGCAACAAUGUCUGGCAGAUGCUAGGUCAGGUCCUCAGAGAGCGGGGUGUGUCUGUGAGGUUUGGUGCGAAUGGGGUGCCACUGCAAAUAAGACCUCAAAGGAGAGACAGUCAGGUGCUUCAUGGGAGUGAGGUGUCCUGUGGUGACUCCCAACCACAUCAGAGAGCCUUCCAGAGAGCUGCCACCACCAGGCACAGUUUCCAUGGAGAUAUCAGGGAGAGGAGGAGAUUGUCACACCGAGAGAACAGCGAGAGAGAUCACAGAGAAGAUCGAGACAGGCACCGUGAUAACCAGGAACAUGAUUCAGAGGUUUAUGAGAUUAGUAGUAGAGACUUACAUCUGAUUAACAGAGAAAGAAGAGGUAGUAGAAGGUGGAAAGAGCACAAGUACCCAAAGGACGAUGACGAUGAUGAGAGGGAGACGACAGCACGUGAGCACAGGCCCUGGCGUGGAAACACAGAGGAAAGGUUAAGCUCAGAGGAGGAGCAGGAGGUGAAGGGGAGAGUAGAGCAGCCCCGUCGAAGAGCCCCGCAGCGCAGCCAAAGCCUCAGCAGCAGCAGGGCUUCAACCAGGGAUAGGUCAAGGCACAUGCUAGCAGGAGCAUCAAUGCCACGAGAGCUGGAUGGGAGCCUUGACCUUGGAGAGCUGCAGCAGGUCCUGCAGGAUGAGGAACUGGCCCGCAAGCUGCAGGAGGAAGAGGAAAAGCAGCUGAGGAGGGUAAGGGACCUAAAUAACUCCCAGUCCGUUCGAAGCUCGUACCCAGAUCGAGAUUUUAGAGUGGCACAAGUAGCACAAGAUGAGGAAAUUGCACGCUUUAUGCAGAAACAGGAAAUCAAGUCAAAGCGUAGGUCUCGUGAGCUGGAAGGGCCGGUGUCGUGGCGUGAGCACCGAGCAAUGAUCAGUCACCAUGACAGAAGAACUAGAGAGAGACAGGUCCAUCGUGAGAGACUUGACUCAGAAGGCCUUCCCUCCCCCACAGAGGACUGCUCCCCAGAGAAUCAGCCACCAAGCCCUAUCUCUACUAUACCACCAGCCCCACAUAUCAGAAACAUCGCAGAGGAGCUUGACCCAACUUUCCAGGCCAGGAGGCAAGGCACAGACAGCCUGAGAGGCGGACAAACAGGCUCCAUUUGUCAGCCACUUCCUGUCUCUCAGUCUGGCUUACAUGGCCUUCUGGAAGAGCCCACUUUCAUCCCACCCACAAAGCGGCAGACAGACAAAUCAGGACGCCCGAAAGCCAAAGAUAAGAAAGAAAACUGCAAGCAACAAUAAGUUUGACCACUGCGUCCUGUUACAAUGCAACAGUGGAUAUUUUUGGAACACUAAGGCUCGAUUCACUUUACUUUAAGGUUGAAAAAGAUAAGGACUCUGUUUCUUACAGCCCUACUAGCACUUUAGAGGAACAAAGAGCAAUGAAUGAUACCACAUUUUAGAACAUGUUUUCAGUAAAGAAUUAACACCUUUGACAUCUUUGCCAUUUUUAAAGGGAAAACUGAUGUAUUGGAUGAAUUCAUAUUUGUUCAUCUGUAUUUAAUUUAAACAGUUUAGCCUUUAUUAUGUUUGUUACACCUUUGUUUUUUUCAGUUAAGCAGCACACUGUAAAUGUCCAUGUUACUCUUUGUUUAAAGACCUGAAGGGAUGCCUGCAAACUGAACUGAAAUGAAUUUUUCAGAAAAGGAAAUAUAUCAGUUCAGUUUUAUUUAAACAUAGAGCAUUUUCUAGUUUUUGCAUGUCUGGUGUAGUUUUUACACUCUUUAAUCUUUGGAAACACUUAAUGUUUACAGCAGGAAAAUGACAAUCAACUGAACUUAUUUAACCUGUAGUCAACAGAAAACCUCUUUGUCAACUACAGUAUGACUUAGAAUAAGUGCGUAAUAUCAAAUGUAAAUAUUUUUUACUCCUUUUAACACAGCAAGCUCAUUAUGUACCUUUGGUAUGCAUUACAUAUAACAAAGCAAUACAUGUUUAAAGGUCUGCUAAGGUCAGUGUUGGGGUGGCAUGUUUGCUCAGUUUUAGUUCAAUCACUGGUUUGACUUCCAGGUCCUCUGGUCUCUCCCUGCCAUAAAAACAUGUAUGCUAGGUUAAUUCUCCUGUCAGUGCCUUGGAUCAAGGUACUGGUUUAGAUGAGACAAUGAGUGAGCUUUGCUUACUUUACAUAUUAGCUUUUUUGGAGCUUUAAAACAUCAUCUCAGGGUCUUUUAUAUUCACUCCUGAUGUCCAACUAAAGCAGCCACAGGGUUACAUUUAGACAGUUAUCACACCGACUCACUAGGAUUCACACAAGGAUCCAAAUAGUAAAUAAACAGAAGAUAAAUUUGAAAGAGCUGACAAGCUGUAAAGUGGGCCUCCAUAGCUGUUAGACGUCCAUCCCAUGUUUUUAUAUAAUGCUUUAGGUAGGCUUUUUGUCUGUCAGUUCAGAGCCAAUUAUGUAAGCCAAAUAAUAUUAUUCAUAUUAUGAAACUUGGUCUGAUAUUAGAUUGUCUUUGUUUAUCCUGUUUUGUGUGUGUUUUUGCAUUCAUCCCUUUUUUUUAAAAUAAAAAUAAAUAUGACGCUCAUCGUGUACAGUACUUUGAAUGAAUACAGAAAGAAUUUAUUAAAUGAAAAAUACAGUGUAAAACAAUGGAUACAUGUACUGAAAAAAUAUAAAUCCAUCACAUUAUACAAAAAUACAAGUAUAUCACAUAACGUCCUUAUAGUUUGGAGGUAAAAUAAAGUGCUGCAGUCCAGAUUAGAAGUAACUCUUAAUUGAUGUAACUGAAGGCGGCGCCUGCUACCUUUCACCCGAAACAGUCUCAGCAGGUGUGACACAUACUUAGUCAGUGAUACAUUACUAUAGUUGUGGGUUAACGUUCUCACAUUUAACCCACACAGUCUGUGGUGACAAAUGUUCCAUUUCAGUAGAUAAUACACUUGUUACAAUACAGUAAAAGAAAUACAGUAAGUAAAAUUCCGCUAUGUCUGAUCUAGCUGCCCACACGAGUACAUUUUUUCAGUUUUUAACUAGUAAUAUUCAGGAAGGGGAUAUUUUCUAAUCAGACUUGAACCUUUAUUGGCAUUUUUAUUGUCUCCUAUGCAUUUCCCUAAAGUGAGUCAUAUGUUUUCCUGACAAAACAUCUCAUGACCUAUGAGACAUUUCAUAGGAAUGUCAAGAAUCAGCAUGACUAGUAACAUGAUAAAUUUGUUAAACACUGGAUUGUGUGGAACCCCAAAGAGGCACGUAUCAACCUGCAGCAGUAUUCGGUUUAAACAUCCUCAAUAGAAGACGAAAGUGUAGGUUAAGCAGAACUUGUGGUGAUUUGUCUUAAGAUGUAGUAAACACAUAUUUACAUGUGGGGAAAACCCUUCAUUGACCUUUUUGGCUGUGAAACAGUCAGGAAAGUCCAUGUAAUUCCUGG